AUGGCUUCUUCACCUUUGAACCAAAAAUCCAAUUUUCAUGCUCGUUCAAACAGCUUGCCUUCUAGACCUCAUCCACUUAUUCCUCAAAUAGAUGAGCAUCUAUGCAGGCUAAAGUCCAAUGAAGCCGCCUCUUCAUCAUCUCCAUCGAUCCAUGAAAAACAAAAUGGCCUUAGAGAUCUGUACGAGUUGGUUGAUAGUUUGCUUCAAUUGCCUCUCACACAAAAAUCCUUAGCCCAAAAAUGCAAUGAUAAACAGGUUAAUGAGUUGUUGAAUGGUUCUCUCAGGCUCUUGGAUGUGUGUGGUGUGGCCAAGGAUGCAUUAUUGCAGGCCAAAGAAGAUGCCCAAGAACUUCAAUCAAUCUUGAGAAGGAGACGAGGUGAUGAAGCUGGGUGCACAAAUGAAGCCAAGGAAUACUUGGCCUCAAGGAAGAAAGCAAAGAAGUUAAUAAACAAGUCCUUGAGGGAUUUGAAGAGUAAAUGUGGCUUUGCUCACUUGGAAAAUGAUGCUGAAGCUACAUUUAGCAUGUUGAAAGAGGUGGAAGGAGUUACCCUCUCAUUGUUUGAAUCUCUCCUGUCCUAUAUCAGUGGGACAAAAAUGCAACCCAAAUCUACCAACAGGUCUCUGGUGUCCAAGUUGAUGCACUCCAAACGCAUAACAUGCGAGGGAGAAGCAACAGAAAGUAACGAGUUCGAGAAGGUGGAUGCAGUUUUGUGCAGUCUCAUUGGUCACAAGACUAGAAAAUGUAACAGGAUGAGCACCGAGAAUGCACAAGUUGAGUUGCAGAAAUUGGAGUCAAGCAUUCAAGAUCUUGAAGAUGGAGUGGAGUGCCUGCUUAGGCUCCUGAUUAAAACUAGAGUUUCUGUUCUCAACAUCCUCAGCCAUUAA